AGUUCCUCGGGCUUUAGUCUGCUGUCUAGUCCUUCCGUAGUUCCGUCAAUACUUCUACUGCAAAGGUUAAAAGGACGUCAUUGUUAACUUUUAGCGGUGUUCUGUUAGGACAAAUAACUGUUUUAAAAAAUAUAGAUUCUAGUGGGGAUAUGAGUCAGCGACGUGAGCAGAAAUAUCAGUGACACGUUUGAUAAGUUUUUCAAAUCCUGACACAAAGGUUAAAAAAACCUCGUGUCCUUUAAAUAUUUGUAAAUAAUUCAACACGGAACAAAUUAUAAGCUGAACAAUGGUUGAUGUUCAGUCUGCGAUGGAAGACCUUUCCCUAGGCGAGUUGUACACGUCAGAGAAAAGUGGUAGCGAUGAAUCCGGAAAUGGGACAAAGGAGAAGCCUUUCAAAACCAUUCUUAGAGCCAUGAAGCAUGCUGGCAAACAGCCUUUCCCUGUGAUUUAUGUCGAUUCUAAAGAUGAAUUACAGGUUUUCGAACCAGCUUCAAAAUCCCAGCUGAAGAAAAUCCAGAAGAUCUUUGUAAGAGAUACUUAUAAAACGGCUGACAAAGAAAAGGUAGCUGAAAAAAAUGAGGAUGUGCUCGAGGAGGCGAAAAAAAUAGUAAUAACUGAAGAUGAAAGUCUUCCUGCAGCUAAACUCAUUAAAGUAUAUCUUGGGAAGGAUAACCGGGGUACCAGAGUUAAAUUGUACGGCUGGGUUCAUCGGUUAAGGAGGCAAGGUAAAUCCCUUAUGUUCAUAACACUGAGGGACGGAACAGGAUUUUUGCAGUGUGUUCUUACUAACAAACUUUGUCAGACUUAUAAUGCACUGGUACUUUCUACUGAAUCAUCUGUACUUUUGUAUGGAGUUAUAAAACCUCUGCCUGAAGGGAAAACUGCACCAGAUGGACAUGAAAUGCAAGUAGAUUACUGGGAACUGAUUGGAUUGGCUCCCCCAGGCGGAGCAGACAGCAUUCUCAAUGAAGAAGCUCUGCCAGAUGUACAGCUUGAUAACAGACACAUGAUGAUCCGAGGAGAAAAUACAUCCAAAGUUUUAAAGAUGCGAUCGGUUGUAAUGCAAGCUUUUAGAGAUCACUUCUUCAGCAGGGGUUACUGCGAGGUCUCACCUCCAACUCUUGUUCAAACUCAGGUCGAGGGUGGUUCAACACUAUUCAGCCUUGAUUAUUUUGGCGAACUAGCAUAUCUAACACAAAGCUCUCAACUUUACCUGGAGACUUGCCUUCCAUCAAUGGGAGAUGUGUUUUGCAUAGCCCAGAGUUAUCGUGCUGAGCAGAGCAGGACAAGGCGACAUCUCUCAGAAUAUACUCACAUAGAAGCUGAAUGCCCAUUUAUAUCAUUCGAAGACUUAUUAGACAGAUUAGAAGAUUUGGUUGUAGAUGUAGUCGAAAGAGUACUUAAAUCACCUUAUGGUGAAAUGGUGUAUCAGCUUAACCCAGAUUUUAAAGUCCCUGAAAAGCCAUUCCUUCGAAUGAACCAUUCGGAUGCGAUCAAAUAUCUCAAGGAACACAAUAUCACAAAAGAGGAUGGAUCUUUUUACGACCUUGGCGAUGAUAUCCCGGAGAUGCCAGAACGGAAAAUGACAGAUGAAAUAAACAGGCCCAUUAUGUUAUGCCGCUUUCCAGCAGGGAUCAAAGCAUUUUACAUGCAGAGAUGUAAGGACGCGCCUGACCUCACAGAAUCCGUUGAUGUGCUGCUGCCGGGUGUCGGAGAAAUUGUAGGAGGCUCUAUGCGUAUCUGGGAUCACGAUGAGUUACUCAAAGGCUUAAAAGCAAAUGGAAUAGAUCCUGAGCCAUAUUACUGGUACCUUGAUCAGAGAAAAUAUGGUACAUGUCCUCAUGGUGGUUAUGGCCUAGGGUUGGAAAGAUUUUUAUGCUGGUUACUUAAUCGUUACCACAUUAGAGAUGUCUGUCUGUACCCAAGGUUUCUCAAGAGAUGUAAACCUUAGGCUAUUAAAUUUUCAAUGUUAUUAAAAGUGAAACAUAAUGAA